AUGUCGAACGAGAACCCCGUGAAAGCAGAGUCAGCUCUGCUUAGUCGUCGCCGUCGUCGUAAAUCGCUGCCUUCGCGCAAUGGAACUGAUCCAACCUCGCCUGAAGUCAUUUCCUCCCUUAUUUCCUCCCUUUCCACCAUCUCCGUGCCUCUAAACUCGCACUUUGACACCGUCCCGAAGAUCGACAACGAAUCAGACCCAGGAUUGCCAGAAGUACCGCACACCGCGCCAGUUUACUCCCUUCCUCCGUCCGAGCAACAUGGGUUUGGAAUGAGUUACGGUGCCUACAAGCCAGCGGUCGAGCCACCCGCCCUACCGGAAAACCCAUUUUUGCACCCCGACGAUGCGGCCUCGUCUCCUGUCAUUCGCAUGGCCAGGGCACCCCCGUCACCAAAGUCGCCCCGAUCGCCGAGAUUCAAGCCCUUCAGAACGACCGACUCAUCGUCCACUCGCCCAGUUUCGAGGGAAUCCUAUACAUCUGUGAUAGCCGCCCCAGAGCCUUCCUCAUUCGGAACGAUCAGCACGGAGCCUGGCCCCCGUCUGUCAACCCCGAGCAUUGCUUCGAAUAGUUCUGCAGGUCGGACAAAAAGCCUAAAGGGUCAAUUCAGUCUAUUGAAGAGGUCAUCACGAGAAUUCCUGGGCGAAAAAGAUCCACAAGUCGAGCGCCUGCGAAAGACUACCAGCUACAACGACAGUCUACGACACAACAUCCCGCGCAGCCGAGCAAGCUUGCGCUCAUUGCAUUCCAUGGCGGAGGUUACAGAGGAGGUUCGUCCUGCGGACGUCAAGGAAGAACCAUACGAAGAGAAAGUCGCCAGCACUCCACCAACCAAAGAUUACCAAUCGUUCCACGGUACCCCAGAUGCUAGCAAUCCCGGCGGAAUUGGAAGCGGUAGAAUCAUUCCAACUCGCGACUCAUCUCUGCGACAUCGACAUAGCCAGUCGUCGAGCUCGAAAAAGCACCGCUCUGCUCGUCAUAGUCGAUACUCUUCCACGGCCAGCAAAGAGUUCAACACAGACAAUGGAUCACCGGGAACGAGCAAUGACGCAGAACAGGUGACCCGCCGGAUCCAAGAGUUGAAAGACCAGCAACAGAAGAUCAAGACCGAGUUGGAAUUGGAAAACAGCCCUGAACACUCGACUAAGACGAGCCCAGUGAAGCAGGCAAAGGCUUCAAAGGUAUCGCGCGUUCUAGGAUAUGAUGUCAACCAGGCCACCAUGCAGAAUGGACCAGGCCGCGAUCAUCCAUCUUUCAACGACAGUGCUCCUUCUCCAAAUGUGAUGACAGGGAAAAGUCGCACUGGGAGCAGGCCAGGAGCACCACUUGCAUCGAAGUCUACCCACCUACCACCGCAGUUGCCCAAGUCAUCUGCGGAGAACCUGGAUUCUGAGAGAGCUAGAUACAGACAGUCCCUCGAGCCAAUCACACCAAUCACCCAUCGCCGCACCCCAUCCGGUCAUCUGUCCCAUCUGUCAAAUGGGCGUCCCUCGUACAGUACCGAACGACCAUCUAGUGCGGAUUCAAUUGAUCUCGCUGUUGACGACUACAUCUUUUCGCCGAAGCUGACCCAGAGAGUGAUCCACCCAACAACUGGCCGCUCCAUUGCCUUCUCUGAAGUUGGCAAUCCUAAGGGCCAUGUCGUGCUUUGCUGUGUCGGCAUGGGUCUCACUCGAUAUCUGAUGGCAUUUUAUGAUGAGUUGGCUCGGACGCUCAAUCUACGACUGGUCACAUUGGAUCGCCCUGGCGUUGGCGAGAGCGGUCCACACCAGGGAGACGAGCCGAGCACCCCUCUCAGCUGGCCCGAUGAUGUUGCAAUCGUUUGCAACCACCUCCGAGUGACCAAAUUUUCCAUCCUUGCCCAUUCUGCCGGCGCAAUCUACGCUCUUGCAACGGCUCUCCGAAUUCCGCAGCAUAUCCGUGGCCGCAUUCAUCUCUUAGCCCCAUGGAUUCCCCCAUCUCAGUUGUCUAACAUCGGCUCUAAGAAGGAUCCCGCGCCUACCAACGCCGUCCCUUACUCCCAAAAGAUCCUUCGUGCGCUUCCCACGUCCCUUCUCAAAGUGGCCAAUUCAAGCUUUAUGAGUGCCACUAGUGCCAGCAUCACCACCAGUCUACCCAAGUCGCCGCGACGGGCCAAGCGCAAGGUUGCUGCCAAAGAAGCUUCCAAUGCGAAUGCCAUCCGUCCUGUACCGCUUAUACCUGCUGUUGAAAACAACCCGCAGACCCAGCGAGUGGACAUUGUACCCAAUAUAAAACCGUCCGCUUCGACUACCGCUUCGUACAGAAAGAGUGACACGACUCUCGGAUCUCGCGCAAAGUCUCCAGAAGACGAGGUCGAGCGGCAGCGUGACUAUGAUACUCGUCUCACCUACAAGAUCUGGGAGCUGGCCACCACCAACGCCAACCCGGCGGUUGAUUUGCUGAUCUGCCUCGAGCGUCGCCAAACAAUUGGGUUCCGCUACGUGGACAUCACGCGAUCAGUGGUGAUGCACCAUGGCAGCAAAGACCCCCGCGUUCCAGUGGAGAAUGUCCAGUGGCUUGGCAAGACGAUGCGCCGCUGCGAGGUCCGGAUCCUCGAAGGCGAAGGCCACGGCCUCAUGGCAUCUGCUGGUGUCAUGGGCAAUGUCUUGACCGAGAUUGCCAAGGAGUGGGAGGAUUGGACGAUCCUUGUCCAAGGCAAACGCCGAGCCACUGCCAUCCAUGCUACACGGCCUGGACUCUCGAUUCAAACUUGA